AUAGAAAUUACGGGGGCUGUCCUGGGGUGUUGCCAUAAUUUUGAUGUUUUUUCACUACUACUACUACUACUACUACUACUGUUGACAGCCGGGCCCAUCUGCGCUUGCAAUGCCUGCCUGGACAAUCAUCUCACCACGCGAGCGAGACAAUGGCCAUCCCAUGCGCACCAAGAUAUUCCGGGUCAUGAAAGCGGUCUACCACAUGUUAGACCCCCCAAACGAGCCCUCCGACAUCAACGAAGUAAAUCACAUCGCGACCCUCGGGUACGCAGUCUUACAAGAAAAGCCAGAACCAACCAUCCUAUCAAGUGUUGUCAUACAUUUCCGCCUCUCCACAGAGUCCGUUACGCGCUUUGCUAUUCUACUCCAUCACAUGCAGAUCGAAGACAAGGUGCACGACGUGCGCAUCCGCGUCCCUAGCGAGCUUACACCUGACGUGAUGGAUAUCUAUGAUUUCGUUUUCGCGAUGUCACAGAAAUUGCUCAUAUCUCCUCUCGACUUCGACCGUUGGACCGAGAGUGACCUUGCACGUAGGGUAUCGAAGCAACUGCAAGCGCAGAAAUACCACAAACGCCUUCUACUACAGGAGGGUGAUGGUGCCGUAGACAUUGCCCGUUUACGAUCAGAUUCUUCUCGAUGUUCCAUAUGUGAUUCCAAUCUUAUCCACUGCAACAGCUGUCAGGUCGCAUCGUGCGAGUCGCACGAAUGCCGUGGACUUUCUGAUCCCCCUUUCGCGCGGUGCGUCAGACAUCAAACGGAGGUGCUAUGUUUGCCAUGCCUCCAGGAACAGGGGUCCAAGCGGGAGCUAGAAAAGUGUCCUGGAUGCAAUUUUUGGUGCUGUGCGAAGGAUAUCUCCUCAUGUACCGGUCAUCCGCUCAGUAUCCCGCCGAUGCCUCGCGUACCCGACAUCAGGUUCAUCGCUCCUGGCCUGGUUAAGGCCUACGCUGAAUCUGCACGCACUCACCUUCCCAAGCGCGGUUCCUGCAUGGAAUGCGACCUGCCCGGCUGGCGUAGCUGCCGAAAUAAGCUAUGUUGGUCUGAUUCGAUCUGCCCAGAGUGCACGAGUGGCGGUAUAACAUGUCUGUGCGGGGCGGUGUGGGCAUGCGAUCUCUGUGCGGCACAUGAUCCCAGCGUGUUCAUCCGCUGUCCGCGCUGUCACCGGCCGUUCUGUUACAGUUGUUCCUACAUCGACGACUGUGUCCUAUGCAACAAAUCGAACCUCUGUCACGACUGCGCUGAAGAAGAUUUGGAAAUGGACGACGAGGAGCUGAAGGAACUGCCCGCUAAACUCGUGGCGUCGUGCGGGAGUUGUGAAGUAAAGAUGUGCGAUCGCUGUGAGUCGCAUCUGGCGGUUUCGUGCGAGGUGUGCUCGAGUCGACUUUGCAUGGCGUGUGUGCGGGAUGCUGAAUGCUCGUGCGAUCGUGUGCUAUGUGAUGGGUGUGUUGCAGAUCAUGGGUGCAAAGUGUGCUCCCAGAGGCAUAGGGACGAUGAUGAUGGAUCUUGACGUAUACUGGCAGAGCAAAUCUUAAAAGACCUUGCCAUAUCGAUAUUUUUUCACUCAAAGUGUUGCGUAGGAGAUUUCCGCUUGAUUUUAUAUACCCGAUCGAGGUGUUCUGACGAAUUAUCUGAUUUUCCACCUUCUACGAUUUGGAGAGAGAAAGGGUUGUACAUUAAUGAUAUGCUCAAAUUUACCUACUCAAGUGUGUCACAGCGA